CGCCCUCACCGACCCGGUGUCGCCGCCCUUCACUCAGGCGCUGCUCGGGCACCUCGCAGGGGUCCUGGCUCGGCGCGGAGGCCCUUUGCCGUACAGCAUGGCGACGCUGUGGCCGAGGCGGGAGCGUCUCCUGAGAGUGUCGGGGCUGUGCCGUACGGUGCGAGCCCUCUCAGGAAAGAAUGAGUAUGAUCUUCUGGUGAUUGGUGGAGGGUCUGGAGGCCUUGCUUGUGCAAAAGAAGCUGCUCAGUUUGGAAGGAAAGUGGCUGUUUUGGAUUAUGUGGAACCUUCUCCACAAGGAACCAAAUGGGGACUUGGUGGAACUUGUGUGAAUGUUGGCUGCAUUCCUAAAAAGCUUAUGCAUCAAGCAGCCCUUUUAGGGAGUGCCCUUAAAGAUGCCCAACACUAUGGCUGGAAUAUAGCCCAACCUGUUCAUCAUACCUGGUCUGUGAUGGCACAAGCUGUUCAGAAUUAUGUGAAAUCCUUGAACUGGGGACACAGAGUACAACUACAAGACAAGAAAGUGAAGUAUUUCAACAUGAAAGGAAGUUUUUCUGAUCCGCAUACAAUCCGUGGUUUAACAAAAGCAGGUAAAGAGACUAUUGUUACUGCAGAAAAUAUUGUCAUUGCUACUGGAGGAAGACCAAAGUAUCCUGCACAUAUUGCAGGUGCACUGGAGUACGGAAUCACAAGUGAUGAUCUGUUCUGGUUAAAAGAAUCUCCUGGAAAAACGUUGGUUGUUGGAGCCAGCUAUGUUUCACUUGAGUGUGCUGGUUUUUUAACGGGCAUUGGAUUGGACGCUACAGUCAUGAUGAGAAGUAUCCCACUUCGUGGGUUUGAUCAGCAAAUGGCAUCUUUAGUAACUGAGCACAUGGAAUCUUACGGCACAAAAUUUUUAAAGAGAUGUUUCCCAACCAAAGUUGAAAAAUUGGAGAGCAACAGAUUGCAAGUGACCUGGAAAAAUACCGACCUGGGCAGAGAGGAAACCGAUUGCUUUGAUACGGUGAUGUGGGCAGUAGGCCGAGCCCCUGACGUUAAAACUCUCAAUUUGGAUGCAGUUGGAGUGAAAACUAAUUCUGAAACUGGAAAGAUCAUUGUUGAUGCCAGUGAAGCUACUUCUGUUCCUCACAUUUAUGCAAUUGGAGACAUAACAGAGGGCCGUCCUGAAUUAACACCGACAGCAAUAGCUGCAGGAAAACUGCUGGCUCGGCGUCUUUUUGGCCAGUCUUCAGAAUUGAUGGACUAUGACAAUGUACCUACCACAGUUUUCACUCCCUUGGAAUAUGGUUGUGUUGGACUGUCAGAAGAAGCAGCUGUGCAAUGUUAUGGAUCAGAUAAUAUUGAGGUAUACCAUGCGUAUUAUAAACCUUUAGAGUUUACAGUUGCUGAAAGAGAUGCAACUCAAUGCUAUAUAAAAAUGGUGUGCUUACGAGAGAGAGAGCAACGAAUACUUGGUCUUCAUUUCAUUGGACCAAAUGCAGGCGAAGUUAUUCAAGGAUUUGCUCUUGGAAUCAAAUGUGGUGCUACAUAUCCUCAGCUGAUGAAGACAGUUGGCAUUCACCCUACCUGUGCUGAAGAAAUUACCAAGUUGCACAUUACAAAGCGUUCUGGCUUGGAUGCAACAGUUACAGGCUGCUGAGGUUAAAUACCAUCCCUGGAAAGAAGGAAAAAAAGCACAAAAUAUAUUUGUAAAGAAAAGGGGCACUUAGAGUUAGGAACAGUUUUAAUGGUUCGAAUUCCGGGAAUCUUUUCUCGUUCUCCCUGUAGACAGUUUUUUCUUUCAUCCAGCCAAAGAAAUUGUCCUCACACUAUCACAGUUCUAAAACCAAUUCAGUCCUGCUGUAACGACUCUCUAUUUCAAAGUGCCUGUAAUUCUUACCUUGCUGGAGCCAGGAAUAAUCACAGUUUUAUAUAUGUAAAUAUAACUGAAGCCAUUGACAUCUGAGGCCAUCUACAAAUGAAGCCAUUGUCAUUUGAGUUUCUCUGUUGGCAUGACUGACUGCCACGAGAAGCAUCUCACACAAUAUUCAUACAGAUCCUAGGAAUUGGUCAGGGCCUUCCUUAGGAUUUUGGUCAUGAGACUUUCUCCUAAGUGCUUGGAUAGCUCAUUACCAAUCCUAAUCUUGAACACUGAGACUCUAGUCACUAGUAGAAACAAGUUCCCAGAGUGUGUAACAAUGGGUUAGCAGUCAUCUUUGGGUUUUUUCUUUAAAAUGUAGUAUUUACAGGAACUGAAGCUGUGCUGCUACUGGAUGAAUCCCAAUGGAUUAAUCAGUGGCAGCCUGGUCAUAACAUUAUGGUGAUGGCUGAGAAUGAAUGAGCUCAGAGGUGCUAAAGAAAGAGUUGAAUUUUAUGGUGACUUCUCUGUCUACUCUUGAAGUUUCUAAUUCAGUUCAGUUCAAAUUGACACAUCUCACAAAUUACUGCUUGAACACCAUAUAUUAAGCAAUGCUGACAAGUAGAAUCAAAACCACUAAUAAUCUGAUUCAUGCCGCAUUUUCUGUUUUAUAGGAUGCGGAAAUCUGGCUGACACAGUGAUAUAUUUGUUGAUUUGUUUUUAAGAUUUUCUCACUGGUUAGGUGGGUACUGAUUCAGAAUGGAUUUAGGUCUGGCUUUAAUAAAACACGUUACUGAAGGGAACUAUAUUAAACAAUGAUCUAGAAAAGAAAUGGUCCUGCCCAGAAUAAAGAUAGAAAAUGUAUAGCUGCAAACUUGUUUUUUUAAGCAUUGGCCAGAGUAAGCAUUAAUCUGUUGCAAAUUUCUGCUUAUUUUCCUGCUAUCCAGAAGGGGGAGAUGCUGGCUAAUUUGUAGCAAUAAAGAAACAGAAAUCUGAGAGUGAAGCUUCUCUUACAGAACUCUGUUAAAUAAGUAGCCUGACAAAGUCAAACAUGAAACAAACUGCUAUGAAUUUUCAGUCCAAGUUGCAGUUGUCAACAUUUUAUAUGCAUAGUCACAUAUUUCUUGCACCCUUUACAGUAGAAUAGUGCAUGUAGGAAAAGAUCAGCUUGAGGUGAAACAAAUGUAUCCUUUUUGCAGUUGAUUCAUAUCAGUGUUUUGAGUGUGGAAUUUCAUAUUUCCAUAGCUGUCCUGCUUGUUGCGCAGUUUGGAAGAAUAGUCUGAUGAUUAUGUAUAUAUUUGCUAUUUUUCAUUUGAUUACCAUUUCCACUGCUGCAGCAUGCAACCCAGACAGAUAGUUGGUUUCUUUCAAGGGUGGUAUCCUUUUUACUAUGAUAAAGAAAUCAUAGUAAAAUGGAGAAACCGGUAGACAAACAGUGAUCAGAACUUCCUUCUACAAUGUGAUGUAACAGCGUUUAUCACACUGUCACUGAUAAUAGAAUACUGCAUUUCCAAAGAUUUGUUCUGACUUAACAACAAAAGAAAUCUUAAAUGCUUUCUUUACAAAGUUUCCUGAUUUGUGGUCCAUAUUUCUGGCUCAUAAAAAAGGAAGGAGUGAUACAAUUUGACUGCAGGUGGCAUUCCUAUGAGAUCUGCUGAUGCUAUUUUCAUCUGUGAAGUCAUACAUAAGGUUGUAGUUGAAUAAAAGAAGUUCUUUGAGUGGAAGUGUUGUUGAAACACUGCCUGAAUAUCGCAACUGCCUUUAGAGAAAUGAUGAAAAAUUUUAUAUCUGUAUAUAAGAUAUAUAUAUGUAUGCAUUCAGAGUUGGUUUCCUUUAUUAAAGAUCUUCUGAGUGUGAUACUGCCAAAAACCCUACCAGAUUUUUCAACUGUUUUAUACAUUAAAAAAAAAGUUCAUAGUAAAUUGGGCUUUUUUUUAAAAUGUUUUACUUAAUAUUUCCAAAACUUUGAGAUACUGAGCAUUGCAGCCUACAGAGAUUUUACUGUCAGAAACAUCCUCCUCUGACUAAACUGUAAUGUGUCCUGCAUGCAAGAGUAUUUUUUUCCUAGUGAUUGCCUAUUACAUUUCCUUUUUUACCCAUAAAUGAAAACAUUGGUGUUUAGCCAUGUGUCAGCUGCUUUCUCUUCUUCUGUCCUACCAAUGCAUCCAGCACACUGAGGUGUCUGCUGCUACAGACAAAUCAAUAGAAAGAUGAGUUAAUUUCAUUCAUCAUAAAGUUCCAAAUAAUGAUUUAGGACAACAAGUAGAGAGAUCUCAAAGAGACGUGUCCUCAGCGUAUGUGGGGUGUGAAACUAAGGCAUGUCAUCGUUCUCAGGAGUAACAGAUCUGUAUUGGUUUUAGAACUGCUGAGUGGUCUGCAUGAAAAUUGAUCCUGGAUCUUGAACAGCAGCCUAGUUCUGUUCCUCAUUUAGUGGAAAAUGUUGUUGCCCCCAAUGUAAAACUAAACAUAGAUUCACACCUACACAACCCUAAUGUCAGCAUUAACAGCAAGACAGAAUAAUGACAACUAUUGUGAUUGUGCUUUUUUUCGUGAAGGAUUCGCUAGGGAUGGUCCUUAAGAAUUGUUUUUUUUAAAGCCUGACUGAUGCCAAUUGAAAUGGCUGAUGUGCACUGAAAAUUACUGACUAUAUGUGAAAAUGGUAAAAAAAAAAAAUUAGAAAAUUUAGUCAGGCUUCUUCUCGGGAUGCCAGCUGAUGAGGCCUUGUUUGUCAAACCACCCUGUGGUGCAAACAAGUCUGAGCAUUGCUGGGUCCCUCAUAUGUGCGAUCCCAAUAUUUAUUGUGUUGUGAAUUAAUGAAUUAAUAAAGGUAUUUUUUCUGUAAAUGCUUGAAUGUAGUUGUUUGAUUUUGUACAUAUGACUUAUGCUGACAAAAGAUUUCUUUUUUGAUCUUAAUGCUGUUUCUCUUGGUUGAGAUAUUUGUUAAGGAAACAAGUAGACAGACCUUUUAAUAAGGAAAUUGAUACUUCUCUGAUGUGUAAACUGAAUAGCCAUGAAGAUUAUUUCAGGCUGGAUGACCUUCUUAUUUUAAAUUUAAACUAAGAGAGUCUCUAGACUUGGUUCUAACUAAUUAGGAUAGCUAGAAACAGUGGCUAAAAAAGAUCUAGCACAUCUAAACUCUUCUGGUCCUACAAUGGAAAAUUAACAUCAUCCCUAAGAAGCUGGAAUAUAAACUAAUAAGCCACUGCCACAAGGAAUGACUGCCUUCUGUGCUGAUGACAGAUCUGCCCCUCCGUUAUCAGACACUGCUCUUUCGCCAUCUCAGUUUCCUAACAAUUGCCUCUGCCUGGGAGCCGGUGGAGCAGCCAUGUUGGGCCAAGCAGUUCUCUGAGGAGAAUGAUGGAUGAUGGAGUGACUCCCUUCAACAUGUCUGGGACACUGAGUCUCCUGCUGAGCUCUAGGCAUGCUUGAGGACAUCCAGUGCUCCUUUCCAAUGCAACUUCAGCUGCUCCAGUGCAGGUAACAAAACCAUCCAGAGAAGAGAGUUCUAAAGAACUCUCCAAGAAGUUUCUUUAACGGUGCUGACAGAUGUUUUACUCAAUGGAGAAGAUCUCUUCCUGAGAGCUGCUGGCUUUUUAUCCAAGCUCAUCUGAUUAGAGGGGACAUAUUCUUUUGAAACUUGUCUCAGCUAUUUGUGUUUCACUUUUGCAAGCCGACAUGAGAAGACAGGAUCUGGCUGUAUGCAUUGCUGAUCAGAAGACUUGCCAUAGGAAUGCAAGCUUGCCUGCAAGAGAACUGAUUGUUGGCAUGGAAAAAAAACUUGAGAGGAAGCCCUGUAAUCCUGAGAUGUAGUUGACUUUCUAAAUACAGGCAAGUCUACAGCUGAAAUUGAAAUCUAUCUGGGGAGAGAAAUGCAUCCAAAAUAUAUUUUUCUGGAGGGGGCUGACAGGCACAUAAUCAAUGAAGGGCAUGCCUUGGUAUAAGGAUGUAGUUGUGCUCAGGUAGUAACUGAUUUUGGACA